CCGCGACGAAAAAGAGUUUUGCUCCCUUCGUCCCAGAUGGACGCGAAGCCUCGACUCAACGAGCCGCCGAAUUCUGCCGCAUCCUCCGCAAAUUCUGCGCUCCAAUUGGCAAGACUCGAAAAGCUCAAUAAUUCGUGAGAUUGGUGUGUUUCGGAGGUGCGAAUUCGGGAUUAUGUUCGAUUGGGAAAAAAUCCUUGGAACGAAUCUCCUCCGGGUUUAGUUCUCGUUGGUUUUCUCACAGAGGCUAACAGUGGGAGUGAAAAUGUUGAAAAGCGACGGCACGUACUGAGGGCUCAUGCAGGGAAGAAGCAACACGUACGUCCGAGACACAGAGAUGCAGAAACGCUCACGUGAUGCCAGGAGACACGACGUCCCUCGAGAAGAGGGCUGGGAAAAGAGGCGUCACAUUCAUUGAUCGAAUAAAUUCUUCAGGAUAUUUUAUCGUCUCGUUUGGCAAAUGCCAAUCGUUCUCGCCAUCCGAAUCCGUAGCUUUCAGUGACGCUGCUCACAGAGGAUACGAGGCAAAGAACUGAACUCGACCUCAACGCGGAUUGAGAGGAUUUCGUAGCAGAUCGCAGAAGAAAGAGAAAGAAAUUAAAGGAAAACAUAAGGAAGCUGAAUUGCAAAAGAAAAAUGGGCUCGUUGCCGAAUCUGCACGAACUCUCGAGGGAGAAACUCAGCAGCCCGGUACACAGACCAGCUCCCAUCGGCGGCCUCGGUCCUGUCAGAUUACCACCCCAGCCACCACCUCUCGCUCAUACUCACAGACGCGCCAGAAGCAGCGGACAUCAUCACAACGCUUUGUGGGACAACGACGCCAUGUUAGAGCACAUGACAACGUAUUCCCCGAUUUCCUGUCGUUCGGCCCGGACUUCCGCGCAGAGUUGUCGUCGUCGUGAGUCAAUGAGUUCUUCAGCGGGGGCGUCCUCGGUUCGCCGUUUGAUAGUGGCAGUGAGAACGACGCCAUCCGGUCCUCGCCCACCGAGAAAGGCAAUUCUCCGGCAUUGUGCGGCCCUUUUGCUCGGUCACGUGACAGUGUCGGCGGCAACUUUGCCGAUGUUUCCGCUCCAGGCUGGCCUCGGUGCUUUCAAUCCUCAUCUCGGCCCGAUUUUGCUCGCGCUCUUGUACACGAGCGCCACUUUGACGGCGUGUUUCGCUCCAAUCGUAGUGCAAAAAUUGGGCACGAACCUCGUCAUAAGCUUGACUCACCUCGCGACAACGAUCUUCGUCGGUACUCAUUUGUAUCCAAAGUGGUACGUCCUCGUACCCAGCUACGCUCUACUCGGCGUCUGCACCAGUCCGAGCUUCCUCGCGAGAACCUCUCACGUCAACGUCUGCGCCACGAAUCUCAGCCUCGUGUGCGUUGAUCACGAGGAUCCUGAUGAGACCAGGAGGGAUUGCCUGCUCAGGAGACUCAACCGGGGAAUGAAAUUGGCCGAGGACAUGGGACUGGCGUUCGGCUGCUUGAUAGCUGCCAUAAUCGUGAAGAUGAUUGACCCCCCGGCGCCCAGGGUUUCGGUCAGCGACGUCGAGGACACUUGCGGCGCGGAGUACUGUCCUCGGGAAACUUACUUCUACAACGAAACACUCUUCCCACCGACCCUGCCGAUCGGCACGGCGAAGAUGAUCCUGAGCGUUUCCCUCGGCCUGGGCGUUCUCGCGUUCGGAAUAUCGUGCGCUUUCCUCGACUCGAGGAUGAAGGAACCGCGGAGCGUCAACGAUCGCUUGACCCUCGACAGUCAUCUCAAAUCGAUCAAGCACGGUUUCCAAGAUCCUAAGCUACAACUCGCCGCACCCCUCACUCUCUUCAUCGGACUCGAGCAGGGAUUCAUAUUCGGCGACUUUACCGAGGCUUACGUCGUUUGUGCGUUGGGAGGAGCACUGACAGUGACUCUGAGUUUCCUGAGCUUCGCCCUCCUGCAGGCUUUGGCGGGGGUCACGCUCUCAAUGCUGCUAAGACACAUAAGGAGAUACUUCGUAGUUGCUGUGGGUUUAGCCUUUCACGCGUGUUUGCUACUGGCUCUGGUCACGUGGAGGCCAGCGGGUGACGAUCCGGCGUUGUUCAACGUCAUAUCCGCAGCAUGGGGGGUCUGUAACGCCGUUUGGGAAACUCUAAUUUACACUCUGUUGCUCGGAUUGUAUCCGACCUCGUGGCAGGGACCAAUGUCAACCUCGUUGUUCUGGAAGUGGCUCGGUCUUUCGCUGGCUCUGGGGCUCCACGGUCUCGUAUGCACGCGCGUGAGAGUCCUCGGUCUGGCGACAAUGCUAUUGCUCUCCGUGGUGCCGUACACCUGGCUCGAGAUACGUCUCGCAAGGCGUGGCAAGUGUUUGGCUCCAUUGUGACCGAUUCGCGACACGAGCGAGCGGCUUGCCAAGGGUAAAAUGAAUCACGGCGAAUGAGAGAGGCACGUUCCAUCCGGUUCGAGACUGAGACAACCGGGCAAUCGAUAUGGACCGAGAAGGAGCACCGGCAACGUCGACAUUUUCAUUUGCCAUCAGCAGCAGCUACAGAAACAACACCAACAAUACCAGCAACACCAACACUUGCAAACGCAUCGAACGUCCGUGAGCUCGUGCUCUGCCGAGCCUUCCACCGCUCCUUUCCGAUCGCCCGAUCUAUUUACGCGAUAAAUAACAAAAAGAGGAUGAAAACGUAUUUCUCUACUUUUUACUCCCAUUUCCUCCGCGUUUUGGUACCGACCCUUUCCAAAAUCCCAUUCCUUUUUUCUUCUUCCUCGAACGACGGACCUUCCUUAUCGGGAAAAAAAAUAUCCCGCUAAGAAAUCUCACAUUCGAGCGAACUUCUUCUCCGCCAAUAUUAUCAGUUUUCCGACAAGUCGCGAACAGUCCCAAAUCACAAUGCGAGAAACACGAAUUACGAGUUUCCGACUACGAGCACCAGUUUCCGCCUCGAAUUUUCCUCCCGCAUCCCAAAAAUUCAAUUCCCUUAUUUACAAAUCGUAAGGUUUCAUUAAUCAAAUAUUCGCGUGUCUCACGACUGGAUGGAACGGAGGUUCCGUACUGAAUCGACUGUUAAUUAAUCGAUGAGCCAAACUCGAUGUAAAUUUUGUAACGUUCACCAAAACCUCGUUGUCUCGCGUAUCCAAAUAUUUCGCGUUAACACGAGGAUUCAUGUAUGAAUAUUAAAGUAAGAAGAUUCAACGAGAUUCGGAGAGUCUAAAUAAAUCACGAUGUUCAACGUUCACUUUUUUUUAUUGUUUUUCUAAUUUUAAAAAAAAAAUUUUUUUUUUCUUAUUUUUUCAAGUGACGAACUCUUCACUCGUAAAUGAUGAAAAGCGAUGAUGUUCGGUGACGAGGACACACGCUCUAUUUCAUUUUUAUAUCGAUGUAUAUUACGAUUAUAUAUGAGCUAUUAUAGGACUCAACGCGACGGGAUGAUCUCGAGAAGAAAGUCUAAAGAUAAUAAAGCCGAGCGGGCCUCGAACGUACACUGGGGGAAUGAAAUAAUAAUAAUAAUUCAAGUGUCCAGAAGGGUGUGUGAAAAAAGCGAAAAUUCUAAGAGAUUUUUCAUUUUGUUAUUCAUUAUUUUAUUCUUUGCAACACCCUUUGGAACACCACAGAGAAAAGAAUAGUUUAAGGACAGUUAACUAAAAUCGUUGAUUGGCUGUUUCGUGGUCGUUAAUACGUACAGAAAAGUAAAGUAAAAAGAGCUGAGAAACUGUUCUCUGGGCUGAGAAACAGAGAAAUCCAUUUUUUAUUCGUGAUCGAGUUAAACUCGAUGAUCAUCGGCGUUGACACACGCACGAUCCACGCAAGAAAUUUAGCAAUGUUGAAUAUACGGUCGAACGAGAUAGAACUUUUUUAGAAAUAUGUUGUUGAAAGAAACUGAAAAUUGGUAGAUUUUCACAAUUUAACUCGGAAACUAUGAGGAGACUAUGAAUAAUGAGUUUGAUGAAUCCAUGUGUAUCGCUAUUAAUAUUGCUAUGUCGUGCGGGUUACCAAACAUCGGGGGAUACGAUGAAAAAAAACUACAAAUGCAUAACGAAAAUUUGGAGCCGGUCCUCACUCGAAUCACGUACCUGCGAUUUUGUGGCACGAGGAAUUCCGGAGCUUGGUGUUCCUCGUUCGCAUUUAUCUCAAAAUUGGAUUGCGAGCCUGAAGAUUUUUAGCGAAAAUUCCGAACCUCGCGCGUUCCUCGAAUGUUCCUUUAUGUCGAGAUUUAUUUCAUUAGUCAAUACAUUUGACAGCUGCGCACGUGAGAAACGAAAACUAACUUUUCUCCCUCAAGCUUCGGGCACUGCCUCGUAUCGAAGUACUAAAACUUGAUGAAAUAAUUAGAAAAAAAAGAGAGAGAGAGAGAGAGAGAAAAUAAAAUGACGAAGACUCGAGAUAUAUUUGUAUUUAGCCUGAGAGUUUGUAAUUCUUAUCAUCCUCGACGUUCCACAGGCGCGCACAUUACUGCGUAUCGAGUCACUGAAAAAUCGUUAAUUAUUGAGCGUUUUACGAGGAUUGGUAAAAGAGGAAUACUGGCUUGGAGGAAACAGCGACGAAAGUUUCAUCGAGCGAACGACUGCUUCCUCACGAAAAAGUAUGAAAACGCUCGAUGCAUAUCAAAUACGGUUGAGGCAAAUUGCAAAACGAACGUACACUAGAGAAUUUCCUUCAUAUCGAAAUAAAGUAAGGCGGUUUGCGAGACGCGAACGGAGGGAAAAGGAAAGGCGAUGAGAAUGUCAUUUGACUUUGGAAUUAAAGAGAAUCGAAAAGGUGCUUUGGGUUCAGGCGUUUUGGGAGCUAUGGGAUAAUGCACAUUACGAUCUUCCGAUCUUUUCACAAUUCAAUUCGAAGGAUCUUCCUCCCCCCUUCAAAUACCUCGAGAAUAUUCAACUCCUCGAUUAGAACAAGUUUGUAAAAACGUCACGAGCAUCUAACACAUAGUUGUGUAAUUGUUAAACAAAAUGACUGUUCGAAUUUAAGAAGUAAAAAAUAUUGUGAAAAAGUUAAUAAGAAAUAUUCAAACGAACUGUAUUCCUCGGUUUUUCAUUGAAAAAUGAGCCUCGAACUCGAGCUCGCACCGCAUUUGCUCGAUCGCAAUGAGUUCCGGAAUUUUGGAGAGGCCUCCCACGGGCCAAUUAUUCUCGGGAUUGUUGCCUUGACGGAUCGACGACUGUGGUGCUUCGAUCGAAGGGAAAAAAGCUCGAAAAAUUUCCCUCCAAAAUUUCAUGACCCGCCGGACGUUGGCCACGUUUUUUCAAACAUUUUUUAUAAUUCCGGCAGCUCGAAUUGUGUUUUAUAUCACUUUGAUAUCGCUCUAGGAUUGGUCCGAUGCCGAAUGAUAAUCGCGGGAAGAAAAAGCGAGCAAGAAAAGCAAAAAAAAAUUCAUGAAACUUUGCUAGGACAAGAUACAUGGCCAUUAAUUUCGAUCGCGUUCAGCAAUAAAAAACGAUUUCCUUGUUUUCGUUUUCUGAAGAAAAUUGGUGACAACACAAUCCGGGUCGGCGUGAUGCACACGAAAACUCAAAUGUUCAUGUCCUGGCAUGCAAAGUGAGGAUAAUUGUAAAAUAGAAUCGGAAGAGCAUAUAUUAAUUGUAUUUCACGAAAUAAUAAAUAUUAACUUAUUUUAUA